GAGACACUGGAGCGGCAAACGUCAGAGAGAUGACGGACGAAUUGAGAUGACACGUUUCCAGACAAUAAAGAACGCCCGGACCUAGUGUAAAUUAUGUAUUCGCAGUGAAAAGCGGGGAAAUUAGUCGAUAAGGAGAAUGGGACCAACCGCAGCGAGCAAGUUAUUUUAAUCGCUUUCCCAUUAUCCAACUACGCAUGUAUGAUUAAUUUAGUAUAUUUCAUAGUUAGGCCUACGUAGUGGUGGUGGAGAAACUGACGAAAAAAAACGUGAGGGGUGGAUUGGACAGUUGGUGGAACGAAGAGGAGCGAGAGAGACACCGCGAGCGAGAGAGAGACGAGCUGGUACAUGAUUACAGUGAUGAUGACUGAUUGACGGGCAUAUCGGACCAAAAUAACAUUGACUAUGCUUAUUGUUGAACAACGAGUAGUAGACCCAGUUUCUCAAAUAUUUAGGUUACGCGAUAACGGGGAAGUUGUCAAUUGUAGAAAAACGCUGGGCGAGAGAGGUUACGGCAAGCAAGGAAGAAAUGGUUCGCAGUGUAUUGAGAAGCUCCCUGGCUCCAGCAAGAUUGACUGAAUAGAGGAGAGAGAACAUAUUUUGUCUGGACAGCAUCGGCAAACAAAAGGACUCAAUAUCUGCUGAUGUCAAAAUAAACUCGUCGAACACACACACUAAAGAAAGCGAAGUAGAUAACGUUUCAGCAGAAGCAGAGUGGGAGGACGAUGACCAGACAAUGGCGUAAUGUUGUAAGAAACAGCAUAAAUUCUACUUCUGUGCCCUGAAUAUCAAGGAGUGUGCCAUGAAAGAGCCAUUACUGUUCCUCUAGUUCACCAGUUUUAAAAUUACAACUCUCAGUUGGGGGCGGCCCAGUUGUAAAUCCAUGCCAUGUUCUGGCAGUUCACUUCAGUUUCUGACUGAAAAAAAAAAGGUGAAAACCUUCGGUUGGAUUUUUUUGUUUGGUGGACUAUCAGACUAUUGGCUUGUGGCUGGAAACAGUGUGCGAUAUUUUGACCUGAACCCAUUUACCCCCUCGCAAACCCCAUCCAUCAACCUCGGAGGCUGUCAAAUCCUGGUCGUGGAGGCAAAAAAUGUGGGGGUAAAAUGAGGUUCUGCUCUGGGAGUGGACGUCAUGUCUUCCUCGACUGGGACGCGACUGUGAGACGAGACCAGGAAGCGCUUUGGGCAGACGUUCUCCAGGGAUAGAUCCUGAAAAAAGCGCGUCCGGCUGUCACGGCUCUUCCACGUUUGACACACUCUGCUCAGCGCGUCCGGCGCCGUCUCCCAUCAAACCCUUCUCCUAUGGGAGGACUUUACACAGAGCGAGGUUGAAGGCCAAAUCCCCCAGCUGGGUGGGAGUUUGACCUUCUGCGAACCUGAAUAGGAUCCCCCGCUGCUCAGUGCACACCUGAUCCACUUCUCCAGAGAGCCAAUUAGCGAGGGAGGCAGAGAGAGAGAGAGACAGACAGCUAGAGGUAAAAGGCUGGUGACACUGGAUUGGUAGCCAGAGGGACUUGAGAUAAAUAAGCACUCGACGUUCGGCGCAGCGAGGAGCCGCUGCUGCCGCUGCACAGACGCAUCAAGAAAUUGGAGGCGAUAAUAGAGGAAUCAAGCAGAGGAUUCGAAGGAGAGAGUCGAAGGAGAGGGAAGCAGCAACAUGGCCCCUGAAGGAUCAUCACACUCCCGUGAUUGCCUGUUCACGCUCCUGCUGUGUCUGACUUUAAUGGCUGAGGUUUUUGAGUUUAGCGUCGCCGCGGCGCAGGGCCUGGGAGAGCUGGACGCAGGAGACCCCUACUGCCCCUCCGUGUGUCGGUGCGAUGAGGACUUCAUCUACUGCAAUGACCGCGGCCUGAGCGGCAUCCCACCGCUGCCGCCGUCCGCCACAGUCCUCUACCUGCAGAAUAACCACAUCGACAACGCCGGCUUGCCCACGUCGCUCGAGCAUCUCACCACGGUCCGGGUCAUCUACCUCUAUGACAACGAGCUGGACGACUUCCCCAUGCACCUGCCGCCGUCGCUGCGCGAGCUCCACCUGCAGGACAACAACAUCCGCGUGCUGCCCCGAGCCGCGCUCGCCCGUCUGCCCCUGCUCGAGAAGCUGCACCUGGACGACAACUCGGUCUCCACGGUCAGCAUCGAGGACCAGGCGUUCGUGGACAACCCGCGGCUGCGUCUGCUCUUCCUCUCGCGCAACCACCUGUCCAGCAUCCCGUCAGGGCUGCCCGCCUCACUGGAGGAGCUGCGCCUGGACGACAACCGCAUCUCGACCAUCCCCACGCACGCCUUCCGCGGCCUCUCGUCGCUGCGGCGCCUGGUGCUGGACGGCAACCUGCUGGCCAACCAGCGCAUCGCCGACGACACGUUCGCGCGGCUCUCCAACCUGACGGAGCUGUCGCUGGUGCGCAACUCGCUGCAGCGGCCGCCGCUCAACCUGCCCACCGCCCACCUGCAGCGGCUCUCGCUGCAGGACAACGCCAUCACCCACAUGCCCCGGGGCUCGCUGGACGGCAUGCGGCGGCUGCAGAGGCUGGACCUCUCGGGGAACAACCUCACCACGCUGCCGCGGGGCCUGUUCCGCGACCUGGACGGCCUGGCGCAGCUGCUGGUGCGCGGCAACCCGUGGUACUGCACGUGCAACCUGCGCUGGCUCCACGACUGGCUGCACGCCCGCGGCAACACCAUCACGGUCAGGGGCCUGACCUGCCAGGGGCCCGAGAGGGUGCGGGACCUGGCCCUGAGGGACCUCACCGGCCAGAUGGAGGAGUGCGAGGCCACAGCCCCCGCCGCCGGGGCUGCUGGGAGCCGGGAAAGGGCAGCGGUGGGGGGAGCGGGCGGCGGUGGCGGCGUGGCGGCCAGCUCGACCACUCUCUCUCCACUCCAGGGCUCGCUGUUCACGCUGCGCUCGCGCCGGCCCAGCCUGGGCUUCCCGGACGCCGGGCUGGACUACAAGCUGAGCAGCAGCGCCGUGGGCAAGAACCUGGCGCUCAACGUCAAGGCGCUCUCGCACGACAGCAUCCGCGUGACCUGGAGCGUGGCGCAGCACUCGUCCUCCUUCCGCCUCAGCUGGCUCCGGCAGGGCACCAGCGCCGCCAUGGGCUCCAUCACCGAGACGCUGGUGCAGUCGGACCGCCGCGAGUACCUGCUGACCGCCCUGCAGCCGCGCUCCAGCUACGUCAUCUGCAUCGUGCCGCUGGCUGCCGCCGGCAGCCCAGGAGUGGGCAAAGGCGCGGUGGCGGGCGAGGACGCCGACGUAGACAACGAGCCAGUGUGUGCCAAGACUGAGACAGCUGACCCCAGCCAGGACGCCGGACAGGACGGGGAAGGUAAGGGGUCGGAGCACCUGACCACCUUGCCCCUCGCGGGCAUCAUCGGUGGGGCAACGGCUCUGGUCUCCCUGGCGCUCAUCCUGGCUAUAUUCUGUUGGUACAGCCACCGAGCCGGCUGCCUCUCCUCCCGAGACCACUACACCCGCAACAACUCGCGCAAGAGCAAGAGCAAGAGCAAGACCUACGACGACUACAUCGAGUCCGGCACGAAGAAGGACACCACCAUCCUCGAGAUACGUGGCCCCGGCUUCCAGAUGACCCCCAUGGCCACCAGACAGCCCCUGCAGCCCAAACCCCUUCGUGAAGACUACAUCAUUCACACCAUCUUCCCUCCAAACGGCACAGGACUAUACAAACCCCCCCACCAAAUGACUAACACCACUGGCUACGGCACGAACCGUGGCUACAGAGAAGGCGGCAUCCCAGAUUUAGACUACUCCUACACGUGAUGGGGCUCACCACGCAGUUAGAAAUGUCCUGUACUGUAUAGAUGCACAGUUUUUAUUCUAUCAGCAUGGGUUGUGAAGCACCCCUUUGUGCCUUCUGGUUUCCAUUCCAACUUCGCCCCGCUGUUUACGGCACGGAAACUUUUAAUUGGCUCCUGUGCCCUGGGGGGCGUCCCCUCCCUCUGUGCGCAAAAGGCUGCGGUGGUGAACGGUCGACAACCAACUGCUAGUUUCGCACUCCGGUAAUGAUCGGUGUUAUUACACUGUUUCCCCUGCGUGCGCACUCUCGAUGGGAGAGGUGACUGCCAAAGUAGCCUUGCACAGAAGAAGCUAACAUCGUAAAAAAGACUUUGCACACGGACCAGUGUUGCUUUCUUUCUUUGCUCACACAGGCUAUUCAGGUCGACAAACACACACACACACACACACACACACACACACACACACACACACACACACAC